AUGAUGAUUGAUUUGAGAGUCACUGGAGGAUGCGUUGUUGAGUAUUUCGGAGGCAUUCCAUCGUUUCCAUGGUGGUAUACAUUCUUACUUACCACCAAUCAACACAAAAUCCCUAUCUACUCAGAUAUGGCUUCUGGGCAACUGAAUGAUGGUGUUGUAUAUAAUGGAUUGUCAACAAGAAGUAGUGAAUGGACAAAAAGAAAGUUAAAGAAACCAAAACAAUUGUCAAUAGGAGGAGUUCAUGAUUCAUUUUCAUCACACAAUUGCAAGAAUUUGAAAUAUUCUUCAAAUCCCUCAAAGAUGAUGAUGUAUUCUACAAUUAUGCGUAAGAGGAAGCAUGUUUCUUCUUCAAUAAAAAGGAAAAAUUCAGAUUUUAGUGUGUGUUCUUCUGAAGAGAAUAUUGCAACACAAGAGGAAGAUGAUGUGGCAAACAUUAGAGAAGUAUAUCCGGACUUGAUGGGAAUUUCUAAAAAAGAAGAACCAGAAAUGAUUGAACAAUCACGUGCCAAAAAUAUAAAAAAGGAGCUCAUUGCACUCACAUUACCAGCACUUGCAGGGCAAGCUAUUGAACCUUUAGCCAUGUUAAUGGAGACAGCUUAUAUUGGUAGAUUAGGUCCUGUGCAGUUGGCUUCUGCUGGAGUUUCCAUAUCAAUCUUUAACAUUGUUUCAAAGCUUUUCAAUAUUCCUCUUCUCAGUGUUGCCACUUCUUUUGUUGCUGAAGAUAUUGCUAAAAACCAAGGAGAUAAUUCUGAUUCUACAGAAAGGAAACAGUUAGCUUCUGUUUCUACAGCUUUGCUUUUAGCUGUUGGAAUUGGAAUCUUUGAGGGUUUGUCUUUAUAUUUUGGAUCAGGGGUUUUUCUUAAUCUCAUGGGUAUAUCAUCAGCUUCUUCAAUGCAUGCGCCAGCUCAGCAGUUUCUUUCCCUUAGAGCCCUUGGUGCUCCUGCAGUUGUUGUCUCUUUAGCUCUUCAAGGUGUUUUUCGUGGUUUUAAGGACACAAAGACUCCUGUAUUUUGUCUAGGCAUUGGUAAUACUUCAGCGGUUUUUCUGUUUCCCAUUCUUAUGUACUACUUCAAAUUAGGUGUAACUGGAGCUGCCAUUUCUACUGUUACCUCACAAUACAUUGUCACAUUUUUAAUGAUAUGGCACCUUAAUAAAAGAGCUGUAUUACUUCCUCCAAGACCAGGAGCACUUAAAUUCGGUUGCUAUAUGAAAUCUGGUGGGUUUCUUCUUGGAAGAACACUUGCAGUUCUUACAACAACAACCUUAGCAACAUCAAUGGCUGCUAGACAAGGUCCUAUAGCCAUGGCUGCUCAUCAGAUAUGUCUGCAAGUUUGGUUGGCUGUUUCUCUUAUUACAGAUGCAUUGGCUGCAUCUGGUCAGGCGUUGAUUGCUAGUUCGGUUUCAAAAGGGGAUUAUAGAUCCGUGAAGGAUAUCACAUACUUUGUGUUGACUAUUGGUUUUGUGAUGGGUGUUACUUUGGCUGCAAUAUUGGGAGUUUCAUUUGGUUCUAUAGUCACAUUGUUCUCUAAGGAUGUUGGAGUAUUGGCGAUUGCUAGAACCGGGGUUUUGUUUGUGAGUGCUAGUCAGCCUUUGAAUGCUUUGGCUUUUAUUGUUGAUGGGUUGCAUUAUGGAGUUUCAGACUUCCCCUAUGCAGCUUAUUCCAUGAUGCUUGUUGGGAUUUUAUCGUCUGCUUUUCUUUUCUAUGCUCCCUCGGGUUUUGGUCUUCAUGGAGUUUGGUCGGGUUUGACUCUCUUCAUGGGAUUACGAAUGUUGGCGGGGCUUAUCAGAUUGUUAAACAAGAAUGGGCCGUGGUGGUUUCUGCAUGAGGAUUUGAAUUUAACGAAGGUUGGGCGUUAGAUGGGAUUUGGAAAAAAACAACUGAUCUGAUUACACACAACACAAUCUUGACUAUUGCUAAUAUACUUGUUCACUGAUACAACAGAGUGAAUUGGAGAAAGUAUUUUGAUGAUGGGUACAAAUUUUAUCAUAUGCUUCUUAAGCAACUGGUUUCAAAAAAAAGAUGUGAUGCAUGUAUCACUUAAUGCCAUAUAGUUGUAUAUAAACCUUUUUUUAAAUGUUUGUAUGAUAAUUUAGGACUAAAUGCAAGAAAUAACAAGUUAUUUUUAUU